UGUUCUUACUAAUCUAAUUUUUAUGAGAUGAACUUGAGAAAUCUAACAAAAUCAAAUCGGAGAAACGAUUUAAUAAAUUAAAUUAAACACAUUCUCAUAUCGCUAGAAUUGAAUCGAAUCCCUUCUGUUUAAUAGCCUCCGACAUUGAAAUCUUUCCUUAUUUUUUAUAGUUCUCUUAGUAAUUCUAUUGUCUGGUCAUUAAAUGAGCGAAUAACACUCUCAUUAAUGAUAGUUUAGCUUACUAAUUAGUUAGUGACUUUGAAAUGUCAGUCGUGUCUUUUAAUGGGGAAACAAUCUGAUACAUCUGGCUUAGCCUGUUAAACAAUUGAAUUUUCAACUUUCAACUGAGUCUAACCAUUUUUUAUCUGGUUAAACAAUUGAUUCAUAUGGUCUAAGGGUUAAAGUUACUUUACGCUUUACAAAAUGUCAAUAAACUAAACAGAAAUAGACUAUGUAAUUAAUUAAAUUGACACUCCAUAAAAAAAAACUUCUCCUCACAUCUUAUAUAGAUUUAUUAAGUUUGAACUAGUUCACCUAUGAUUUUGACAACGACCUUUAUGUUUGACACCUGUUAAAUAAUUCUUCUAGGUCCGCCGGGAUGUAUGUAUGCGUGCACCCUUUUUCCUCCGCCAUUGUAUGCCAAGUUGAAGAAUAUCUGCAUGAGAAUAAGCACGUAAGUGGACUUGGAUUUUAUGUGAUGAUGAUGAUGAUGGAACUCGACUCUUGGGUAUAAAAGGUGCAGUAAAGAGCUUGGCCCCAUCACAGUGAGAGUUUGGAGUUCUUUUGUGAUCCAUCAAGUGUUUGCUGGAAAAAGGUGUGCAGAGAAGUGAUGUUUGAGACUGACUUUAGUCAACUAAUUUGUGUUUUGGCCGACCAAAAAAGACUGGUCAGCGUUUCAUCCUUGUUGGUUCAGUUCAGUGUUUUUUCUUUCUAAAGUCUUUGCGUCUUUUGCCGUUAACUUUGUUACUCCUUGUAAUAAUAUUUUUUCAUGCUGAUCUCAUAGCACAAGAGCAUGUGACAGGUUUUUUUUUCCUUCUCAUGUGUUGUGUAAUUGAGUUUGGCAUUUUUUGGAAGUAGCCCUAAAUUUUAAUUAUAUGAAAUUUACGUAACAAACAAACAAAACAAAAAAUGCUCACACGAGCUUAGGACAAGUAAUUAAUAAAAAAAAAAAAAAAUCUAUAAAGCUUAUUUACUUUCUCCUCUGUUUUCGCUUCCAAAUAAAAACAGAACAAUUCUUUUCUCUCUCACUCUCUCUCUCUCUCUCUCUCUCUCUCUCUCUCUCUCUCUCUCUCUCUCUCUCUCUCUCUCUCUCUCUCCUCCAUCAAGCUGCAUAGAGCUGAUCGGAGAAAAUGGCCAAGUGUCACCGGAACAAUGUAGAUCCUUUCAUCCUUCACCGCAUUCCCUCCGCUUCUUCUUCCUCCACCUCCUUGAACUCCUUCUCCAGAUCGACAUUCCGCAGAAUGAUCCUGGACGCCAUCAGCUGUGGCGGCAGCUCACGUCAUCAGCGAGAACUCCAACAAGACGAAGAAGAUAAAACGACGAUCGGAGGUGAUGAGUUAGCGACGAAAUCAGAGAAGCUAUGCGAUCUGCUAAACUUAACGAAGAAGAAGGAGGAAACGCUGGAGAUUCUGAAACGCGUGGCUAAGGAUUUACAAGCGGAGGGAGAGAAGAAAGUAAUGGCAGCUAGUGAGGUUAGGCUGUUAGCUAAGGAUGACGCCGAGGCGAGAGUGACGCUCGCCAUGCUCGGUGCGAUCCCUCCGCUUGUUAGCAUGAUCGACGAUUCGCAAAACGAAGAUGCUCUGAUUGCUUAUCUCUAUGCUCUUCUCAACCUCGCAAUCGGCAAUGAUGCGAACAAAGAAGCCAUUGUUAGAGGAGGAGCAGUUCACAAAAUGCUAAAGCUUAUUGAAUCGUCAAAGCCUCCUCCUAACCAAGCAAUCUCCGAGGCUAUCGUUGCGAAUUUUCUUGGUUUAAGCGCGUUAGAUUCGAACAAACCGAUCAUCGGUUCCUCUGGAGCGAUCAUCUUCCUAGUGAGAGCCCUGAAAACUAGUAGCUCGCAAGCUAGAGAAGACGCUCUUCGAGCUCUUUACAACCUCUCGAUCCACCACGAAAACAUCUCGUUCAUCCUCGAAACCGACCUCGUUCCUUUCCUCUUGAACGCGUUGGGAGACAUGGAAGUCAGCGAGAGGAUCCUCUCGGUAUUGACCAACGUGGUAUCAGUGUCGGAAGGAAGAAGAGCGGUCGGAGAAGCGGUCGAAGCGUUUCCUAUACUGGUCGACGUGUUGAACUGGAAUGAUUCGGAGAAGUGUCAAGAGAAAGCGGUUUACAUUCUCAUGUUGAUGGCUCACAAGGGGUAUGGAGACCGGAGGGCGAUGAUCGAAGCGGGUAUUGAGUCUUCGUUGCUUGAGCUGACGCUUGUGGGAAGCCCAUUGGUGCAAAGGCGAGCGUCGAGGAUACUAGAGUCCUUGAGAGCGGUGGACAAAGGGAAGCAAGUCUCGGCUCCGAUCUAUGGGAUAACAUGUUCUUCGUCUUCGUUGAGCAGAGAGAGGAAUCGUGAGGUUAGGAUGAGUGAUGAGAGGAGGGCGGUGCAGCAGUUAGUGCAACAGAGUUUACAGAGCAACAUGAAGAGGAUUGUGAAGAGAGCUAAUUUUCCACAAGACUUUGUUACUACUUCACAGCAUUUUACAAAGAGCUUAACUUUCUGAACUUUGUAAAAGACAUGUAAGUUGUUUUUAAAAAAAAUUAUAUCAUCAUUAAUCAUUUUCCAAUAAAAUUGCUCUAGAUUUUCUAGUAAAACCUUAGACAAUAGUCAAACAGUGUAAUUUAGUUCAUAUCUGAAACCAACAGAUUUACCGCUACAUAGUUUACUAGGAGCUAUCUAGAAAUAUGCUUUUCACUAUUGACGAUUAUUCACAUAGAGAUUGUCUAAUUGAAACACAUAUUAAAUAAGAGUAUUUUAAUCACAAAUAUAAAUAUUCUACAAUUUUGAGUUCAACAAGAAAAGUUGUGCUUCUGAUUACGAUAAAUUUGCUUCCUGAACAUGCUUGGAUUAGGUCUAGUGUCAUGGUAGUUAACUUUCUAUCUAAGAUUAGGUCAGUGACAGUGGCAUCAAGUGUAAUUACGAGGAAAAUCAGUGGUAUUAGUAGAGUGUGAUCGGGAUCCUCACAUGCAUCGAUAAGUUUUUAUACUUUCUCUACAUUUUUUUGAACAAAAUAAAAACAGAUAUCUUACAAUUAUUUUCUAUUAAGCAUGCAUUGGUCCACUCGUGGAUCGUGCAUCUAGUAGUGUCUUUAAAAUAUUAUGACUUUCUUAUACCAAUCUUCGUUGCACACUCGUGGGAUUUGUGAAUAACCGACAACCAUUUUCGUACGUUGUUUGCAUUUUUUAUAUAUAUACAAAUACCAUAAACAUGUCAUUCACGUAAAUGUUUAAUGGUUGUAAUUUUUUUGUUAGGUUAAUGAAUUUAAAGGUACUAUACUAGUAUUGGCUGACACUAUUAAGCCAUUAAUUGAGAGUCUGAGACCACCGAUUCUAGAUCUAAUAUGUGUAGUUUUGAAGUAGGUUUUAUUUCUCUUUCUAGGUUUUUGAAUUCAUUUAUUUAUUUAUUGUUGUUGGUUUGGAGUUUAGAUGCACCGACAAACUCAUGGUUGUGGAGAAAGAGGAAAUUACAAAGGGCCGUCGUCGCAUUCGCAUUCACAAUUUCAUAGAAACAAGAAGGAAGCCACGCGACGUAUGUCACAAGUCACAGACUCGCAAUUAGUUACAUUUUGUUUAUUUUGUGGUAGUUCAAAACCUAGUUGGAAAUAUUCAGAAGAGAUUCUUUUUCCAAACAAGUUUCCAAUCCAAGUUUGGUAUGAGAGCUAUUGUUUGAAAUUUUCCUUACAUUGUAUAUUAGAUCAGAUAUAAUUUCUCAGCGUAUAUGCGCACAUUUCUUUUCAAUUUGUGGUUUAAGGGAUGGUGAGAGUGAUAUGUAUUUGUGAAUUAAGAUGGAAUAUUUCGAAGGAGACGUGCAUAUUUAUAAAUAUUAUAAUUUAAAUGUAUACGACAAUUAGCAUUUACACCAAAGAAUAAUGUAUUCGCCAAACAUAAGAAACUGAUGAGUUUAUUUUCACAUUGUAGUUUUGUAAUGUUUGUCAAAAAAUAAAAUAAGAAAAUUGUAUAUGAGUAUAUCACUUAACAUUUUACACCAAAAAGAAAAAUAAAAUAAUAAGAUAACACUAUGAAAUACGGACACGAUAUUUCCUAGGAAGAGAGGUAUAGACAUGGACAUAUAUGUACACUAAGGUUGUUUUUUUUUGUGCUUAAAUAUACACUAAGGUUGUUAUGAACUUAGUUGAACUUACUUCGAAAAUCAGAGUCGCGAAAAACUCUUAAUUACAUUAGAAAAGAUUUCGGUUAUAACCAUUAAAUUUUGUGAUAAAUUUGAAAAGCCACGAAAAAGAUAGAAACUAAAAAUGUGGUAAUCAAUGGUAAAAUAAUCACGAAAUUGUUAUGAACUAAAACAUGACAACAUAUAGCCACAGAUUAACCACGAAACUUCUACGAUGACAAAUUUGUGACAAAAUAAACUUCUACGAUGAUAAAUCAUUAUACCUGCUUGAAGGCUGAAUGAGGGAAUAGUCUAUAUAAAAAUUGUUGCUAUAUUCUUCGUAACGUAGGUUAAAAUCCUACUUGCCAAACCAGGGAGGUGUGAUUAUGGUCGGUUAAGGUGGCCAAGAUUUAAUGAUUAUGAUUUAAAUUUUUAAUAAAUUAGAAAUGGUUAAUAUUAGAAUUUAAGCGUGUAACGUCCUAUUUGACUAUAAUUUAAAUGUUGUCAUAACUAUGGACAGUUUUUAGAUUUUUUUUUUGAGGUGGAGUUGCAAUAUGAAAAUGAAAUUUCAAUAUUUUUGUUCUUAUGUUUGAGAAUAAACUAAUGGUUUAGUAAGAAGCGUGAGGCUUUGGAAGUUUUAAAUAAUUAUCUAUAUUACAUUAUAAUUAAUUUUUCUUUUUUUUUUUAUAUAUAGACAGUUUUUUUUAUUGAUAAGUUAUUUAUAAUUUUAUAUUUGUAUUUGUUGUCUAUAUAGUUUAAAUUUAAUUAUGUUAAUAUAAUUGUUUUUAUGUUUUUAUUAUUUAAAGCUUCAAAUAAGAGGAUGCAGCGAUAAUAAUUUUUUUAACGUAUUUUAAACAGCUAAUGUAGGCAAUCACGUUAAAAAGUAAAAAUAGUAAUGAGAAGAAUGCAACCGGUUAUCACUAUUUGCAUAUACACCUUAGUAUUUUUUCAUUUCUUGGUUUAUUUUAAAUUUUGUAUACAUUUUAUUUGACCAAUUGAAUUUGAAUAUUUUACUAUUCUUUCUUAUUGGUAUAUAUGUAGAUUUUUUUUUCCUUUUAUAGCACAUAGUUUACGUUAUUGUAGUUUAUGAUUACGUUAAUAGUUUUAAAUUGAUUUUGAUACAAAUCUUGAAACUGAAACAUAUUUAUAACUAUGAUCAAUUUAUUAAGGUUAAGACCAAGUUAUGUUUAUUAAUUCGUAACUUAUUUACUAUUCAACAUAUAUUAAUGUUGUAACUUAUGGUGUAUUAAAAAAACUUUUAGAAUUUGCCACCUAUAUAAACCCCUACAUUCUGAUUCCAUUAUACAACUCCUCCAUACCUCUAAACAACUCUUCCAUACCUCUAAACAACUCCUCCAAAAUCUAAGCAUGAGUCAGUUAUUUUGGGUUAUACACCACAAAACGAAACCAUCUUUAUCAUUUCCAAAAAAAAAUCAUUACCAUGAAGAUAAAAAGGCCAAGGAUACAGCAAACAAAAAUUUUGAUAUCCGUCGCCCUGAAGAUAGCAAACAAUGACCACCUAAUCCACGAUAUGGUAAGCGAUAUGGAGUACAUACUUGAAUACCAUGAAAUUUAUUUUGAUUCAGUGAUGGAGAUUAUCAAGCAGAUUUCUGACUUUGUCGCACGCACUAUUCCGACGCUUGCUGAUCCCACAUAUACAAAUCUUGAUAUAAUUGUUAAGAUAUCUGAUCACAACCUAGACGUUUUCCGCAGAAUUGACCUAGACGUCUAUAUCAUCGAGCUUUGUGAAAACCGAAGAGAACCCAUCCCUAGCGAAAAAGAUGAUAUAUGCCCAAUUUGCUGCGAAGUGUUCUAAUAUCAUCUUUUUCGUUAGGGAUGAGUUCUCUUCGGUUUUCACGAAGCUCGAUGAUAUAAACGUCUAGGUCAAUUCUGCGGAUCGCGUCUAGGUUGUGAUCAGAUAUCUUAACAAUUAUAUCAAGAUCUGUAUCUGUGGGAUCAUUGAGCGUCGGAAUAGUGUGUGCGACAAAGUCAAAAGUAUGCUUGAUAAUCUCUAUUACCGAAUAAAAAUCAAUUUCAUGGUAUUCAAGCAUGUACUCCAUAUCGCCUACCGUAUCGUGGAUUAGGUGGCCAUUGCUUGCUGUCUUCAGAGCGACGGAUAUCACAAUUUUUGUUUAUUGUGUCCUUGGCCUCUUUAUCUUCAUUGUAAUGAUUCUUUUUGGAGAUGAUAAAGAUGGUUCCGUUUUGUGGCGUAUAACCAAAAUACCUGACUCAUGUUUAAAUUUUGGAGGAGUUGUUUAGAGAUAUGGAUGAGUUGUAUAAUAUAAUCAGAAUGUAGGGGUUUAUAUAGGUGGCAAAUUCUAAAAGUUUUUAAUGCACCAUAAGUUAGAGUUUGUACUUCGCGGAAAGGGGAAAGGGAACUUAGCUGUGAGAUGGACUUCACGAGUUUCUCGAAUUUGAACGAUGCCGGACCGGUGAAAUUUGAAGCCCAAAUGACGUAGGCGAGGCUUAUGACGUGGCAGAAAUCAGUUUUCCUAUAGGUCGUUUUUUUGGGGGACGAAAACACCCUCUCCAUGACUUAUAUUUGCAUUUUAGUAUUGUAUUGAUUUAUGUAUUUAUUAGUAAUAAUUAAAAAAAUUUAACACAAAUAUGAUUACAGAAAAAUACAAAUAUCAUUACAAAAAAAUAUAAAUAUGAAAAUUAAAAUUUUAAAAAUAAAGUAAAACAAAAAAUAUACCCGUCCAUCUUUUCAAGGGCGGCGGAUCAGAAACUAGUAGUGCAUUAUGAGUCAUGAUUUUGCCACCAUAAAAAAAGCAAAAAAUAUAUUAUUUUUUUUGUAAAAAAGAGCCAGAAAUAUAUUUCAUGGCAAGUUUUGUGGCUAUUCACCUAAGGAGAGAUCCUAUCCGUCAUACGAAGUGCGGAAAAAGAGAAACAUAUUCUGAAUUUGAGACAAAAUAUUUCGUGUAAAGAAUUAUAGCAAAAAAAAAAUUUGGUAGAAUUAUAGCAAAAUUCUUGGUAAAAUGUGGUAAAAAUGUGGCUAUUUAUUCUCUAUAAGAAGCAAACGAGCAUUCACAUAUUUUAAGUGGUUCUAUUGAAGAAUAUUGCACGUAAGAGUGGAAUAAAUUUGAGAGUUCAAUGUGUUAUUAAUUUUAAUCAAGAGAGUGGAUUCAUCGACACAUUGAUCAUAUCCAUAAUUUUGUUUUAGAGAGUUUAUGGAAGAUAAAAAAUGUUGCUACUAAUCUAAAUUCUUUCCUAAGGGCAAAAAUCAUGUUAUCUCUUUGUGGAAGAUGGUUAAAACUGUUGGGAUUGUUAAAUCUCAUGUCCAACUCUAUAUUAUCCGAUUAGUACGACAUUGUUCAUUUUGGGUCUAAUUGGCAAGUCCGCAUGGAUUUACUUUUGGUUUCCAUCCCAAAAGACCUUCUAUUAAUUAGAGUUGGACAUCUCUUUAUAUAUUAGAUAUUCUUUGUCUAAUUCUCCAAUGUGGGACUUAGUUUGUUAUCUCACAAAAACCAAAACCAACAUGAUGUGAAAAUUGUAUCUCACCAUCUUUACCAAAUCGGAUACAAAGGUAAUUAUUAUGUAUGGUUAAACCAUGGAAAAAGUUACUAUGAUGUUAAUAUUAAUUUUUAAGAUAAAAAAACACAGUACAAGGAAGAAGAAUCAUAUCAGGAGAACAUAAACGUUAAUAUGGGAGGAGGCAUUGGGUCAUCCCAUACAUUGAAGGAUGUGAUGAAACAACCAAGGACGAG